GCCCAACUUUCUCUGUCUCCUCCACCUCGCCCCUGCCUCGCGCUCGUCCCCUUUGUCGCAUCCCCCAUCCUCAACAUCGUCAGCAAUGUCGUCCGUGAAGCUACACCCGCACCCGUCGCUGCCAGCGCCCGUCGUACAUUCCAGCGUUUCCGCUCUCCAGUCCAAGUCGCACGUUCUGACAGGUGUGCAGGACGCGUACUGGAGCGACGAAGAGGAGGGUGAAGAUUGUCCUCUUUGUCUGGAAGAGAUGGAUGUGUCAGACCUCAACUUCAAGCCAUGCCCCUGCGGGUACCAGAUCUGUCGCUUCUGCUGGCACCAUAUCAAAGAGAAUCUGAACAAGAAGUGCCCCGCAUGCAGGAGGGAGUACUCGGACGAAACUGUACAGUUCAAGCCCGUAAACAAGGAAGAUCAUCGAAGGCUGACUCAGCAGAAGAAACAGCGGGAACGAGAGCGCAAAGAACUCGAUUCCCUUGGCCGCCGCCAUCUUGCUAAUGUUCGCGUCGUCCAGCGCAACGUCGUGUAUGUCGUUGGCAUAGGGCCACGAUUCGCCAAAGAGGAGCUUAUACCCACCCUCCGCUCGAAUGAAUAUUUUGGUCAAUAUGGUCGGAUUUCCAAGAUCCUCCUCGUCAAGCGCACUCCCUCAGGACAGCCGCCUGUUGUGGGGCUGUAUAUCACCUACCACCGCCGCGAAGAUGCCGCGCGUUGUAUAGCCGCUGUGGACGGGACUGCCUCUCCUGGCGGUGGAAAUGAAGUUAUGCGGGCUAGUUUCGGCACUACCAAGUAUUGUAUGGCCUUUCUCAGAGGCGCCAGUUGUACAGAUCAUGGUUGUAUGAACCUACACGAGUGGGGCGACGAGAAGGAUUGUUUCACCAAGGAAGAUCUGUCGACGCUGCAACAUGCCAUCAAAGAUACAGAGACGACUCGGAAGAAUAUCGUUUUGGGUAAGAAGCCUGAUGACCCGACAGCACGUCUGCCUCGUUCCGCAUCCUGGGCAAAAGGAGCAUCCACGACGCCAACCUCGACUGCGUUACACAAUAACACAAACAAUGCAGGCGGGACCUCUACGCGGACAAGUCGGCGUGGUGGGACAACACGACAAAGAGCAGCUACUCCGGCAGAUUCUACGGACGGCCACUCGACCGCUAAGGCAGACGUGCAACCAGCUGCCAAAGCUUGGGAGGCGAAAAGUGUAGCAACGAAGAGCGCGGCCAAACCGUCAUCGAUCGCCUCGUCUUCUCGGCCCAAUACACCAGCUCCUGCACCUACAGCUCGUUCUAUGACGCCCGCCAACAGCACCCCCGCGAAACCCAAAAAGGAGAAGGUCGAAAAGGUGGUACCGGUACCGCCACCUCCUCCGCGUUCACCGACCUCGUCGAUUGCAGUGGACUCCGAUAUUGGCUCGCACGAUGUACCGACCACGUCUGCAUCGCCAGAACCCCCGGUUGUUCCUUCGAUACCUCCUGGUCUGCCUGCCGUGCCUCCUGGCCUUGCUGCUCCUCCCGGUCUACCUGCACCGAACAAGGCCGCACAGGCCGGUCAGACUUAUCAGAUGUCGACGGCGGCCCAGGCUCUGUUGAAUGAUGUGAAGGCGCGUCGGGAGUCUGCAUUACCCGUUACUGGUAUCAGCCCGUUCCCCGACUUCGACAGGACGCUACAGACUCUUACGGAGAACAAUGACGAGUUCGGAGGGUUCAGCUUCAACCUCGAUCCGAAACUUGCAAAAGGUUCGGAAGAUGCUGCGAUAUCGGAUAUUGUCGCUGCUGCAGAGCCUCCUAUCCCGUUCCAAGGCACUUUCGUGGACGCGUUUCCCGCCCUUCGUAGCUCUACCUACAGCCCUGCUCCGAUGAUGAUGAAUGCGGCUGCUAUGGGCUACCCUCUCAAUUCCACCAAUUCCAUCUACGAUCCUUCCCGCCAGAAUCUGCCGACGAAUGGGCAGCAGUCUACGUCACCGCUAUAUACUGGCUCGUUCAAUCCGUUUGCUGACAGCGGAGAUAACGAUCCGGCUGCUACUGCUCGACGAAUGGCUCUUGAUGAGGAUCCGUCGCGCAAGAUGUCAAGAUUUGGGUUUGCGCGUGGUGGACGACAAGGUGGGAGCACCAUGAGCUCUACGUCGAGCCCCAUGGCCACGACCACACCGCUCAGCCCUACGGACAGCACUAACCAGAGCUCGAUGUAUGGAACGAAUGACGUGACUUCCCCUGCGUCUCAAUGGUCCUAUCAGCAGCAACAGCAGCAGCAGACACAACAACAGCAACAUCAACAGCAGCAGCAGCAGCAGCAACAGCAACAACAACAACAUUCUCAGCAACAACAACACCAUCAGUAUAACCCUCACAGCGCUUCUGCGACGAGUUCACCGAUGCUUGCUCAAGCUCAGGCCCAGGCCCAGGUUCAUGCGCUUGCGCAGCAGCAUCACCGACAGCACCAGAAUCAGCAGGCCGCACGCUUCCAGCCAUUUGACCACAAUUCUGGUACUGAGGAUGCAUUGAGGCAGUUCAUCGAGUCGAGUAGGGAUAGGAAUCGUAGCGUUGCUGGCAGGGGGAGUGUUGGCUCGUUGGCCGAUCAACAGGAUCUUAUGUCUCAAUUUAGGCACACACCCGGUCAACCAUUCAACGAUCCAGCAAUCAUGUCAGCUAGCUUCGCUUCACCUAUGCCCUCCGAUGCACGCUAUGGAAAUCCAAUGGGUCUCGAUUCCUACGCUGCUGCUCAGCAUCAACACCACCAUCACCACCAACACCAGCAGCAACAGGCGCAGCUCGCAUACGGUCCACCACCAGGUAUCGCGUACCCGCCGCCCGGAUUGUCGCCGAGUCCUAGUCAGGUGCACAUGGGGAAUAUGGGGAAUGUAGACAUGGCCAAUGUGCCGAGCACCGAUUUACCUGCAUCUACUCCGUCCCCCCUGCUCUCGUCCUCCGAUUUCCCCGCGCUGACGGCGCAGCCUCCACAGCCGUCUACCAUCGGUACCUCCGAGCCGGUAACCCAAGAGCAGCCCGAUGAGGGGCCGACGAGGACAUCGGGGGCGACGACGCCGGCGACGGAAGUGAUGGACUCCAAGGUAGCGAAGAAGGCGUUGAAGAAAGCGGCGGCGACGGAGAGGGCGAUGGAGAGGGCAAAGGUGGCGGCUGAGAAGAAGGCUGAGAAGGACAAAGAGCGAGCUGAGAAGAAGGCGGAGAAGGAGAGGUUGGACAACGAGAGAUUGGAGAAGGAGAGGGAGUUAAAGGAGAAGGAGCGGCUGGAGGCAGAGAAGGCUGAGAUGGAGAAAGCUAAGGCUAAGGCUGAGAAGGAGAGGGUCGAGAAGGAGAAAGUAGCUAAGGAGGAGGCUAGGAGGGAAAAGGAGAAUACGCAGGCAAAGGCAAAGAAGGACAAGGAGGACAAGGCGGCUCAAGCGCUCAAGGAGAAAGCUAUUCAGCAGCAACAGAAGAAAGCCGUUAAUUUGGCGUCCACCAAGGUUGCAACUAGUCAGACUGCUCCAAAGGCAGAACAAACUCAGCCUCCGGCGUCUCCGCGCAGAAAUAGCUCUCGCCCGCCCUCCACAGUCCCUGUCCCUGCCCCCGUUUCAUCUGAGCCUACUAGCCAAGGGCCUCUGCUUUCGAAGAUGCCGAAGAAAAGUCGUCCCGCCACAAAGCCAAUCAGGAUCCCUAAGGAGGAAGAACUACUCAUCGAUGCAGCCUCUGCUCUCGGAUCCGCUGCUGGUUCUGAAGCUCCUCAACUGCCUGGUCCGAGAGCCAACGGUAGUCUCGUUGACUCGAACUCCGCGAGCUCCAGGGGUCAGUCUGUCGACAGGGCCUUUUCCAACGAGCCCACCUCUGUCAAAGACCUCCUGUCGCAGAUCAACGUCAUGCACCCGGAGAUGAACCUGAUCAACCACCCCUUCUUCGACGCCUCGAAAAUCAAUCCCAGCUCCAAAGUGCCCUUGGAGUACGGUCCCCUUGUCCACGCGCUCUCGGCGCUCUCGGUCGGUGGUGGCUCCUUUGCGAAUAACAUGCCGUCCGGAUCGAUCGACAACGCGGUUUCCUCGUUCCAGCAGCUCCUCGAAACUCUGACCCAGACCAUCUCCGAUCUCCUUCGCCUCCUUCCUCGUACCACUUGGGACGAUAGUUCCUCUUUCGACGGCGUCCUUCGUGACAUGCUCAAGGGCGAUGAUUUCCUUGACGAAGCCGGUGAGGAAGGGAACGGCAAGGACGAGGUUGCCGCUCUCACACUCGCGCUCGAACGUCGUGCCCGCUGGAUGGAAGUCCAACUCUCCAAGCUCGAGGAGCUUCAUCGUGACAUCAAUACCGCCGCCGUCCGAGCCGUACUCUCCUUCAACGACAGUGGCUGGGACCCGCACGGCUUCGCGCCGAGGACGGGGAACACGCUACAGAAGUUUGAUACGUUGGGCAUGGUGAAUGAUGGCGAUGAAGGUCAGCCGGGCGAUGCGCUCAGAUCGAUGACGGCGAACGAGUUGGAAGACAGGCUUGCGAGCGCGAGGGAGGCGGCUAGCUUUGCGGAGAUGGAGGUUAGGGAGGCGGUGGAGAGGAUGCAGGAAUUGAGACCGGUCGAUGUAGAUUUCGAUGAGUAUGAUUGAGUCGGUGCGGGGAGCGUUUAGCGUGGAGGUUUUCGGAUUGUGUUCCUAUAGUCAUAUUUCUUUUAAUCAUCUUUCU